ACAAUUAGUUUGUCAUAAAUGAGGAGGAAAUUAUUUCAUCCAUACCUUAGAUAUUCGUCGGAGUUGAAAGUAUCAAGCGUCAGAAUUCACCGUUAAUACAUUACAAAAAAAUGUUGUACUUAAGUUGACAUUUGACAUUUGUAGAAAUGUAUACUAUGAUGUAGACGUUCUUGUCAAUUUCAAGUAAAUAAUAUCACAGAAUUGUUUCUUAAAGUUGAAAAUUGUUUUUAGGUAUUGUAUAUUGUUUUUUUUUCUUUAUACUGUUCGCAUAUUCUAUGAAUCGUGCGUAUAUAAAGAAUAGUAGCUACUUUAAGGACUACCUGUCAGUACGAUACCUACGGCCGAUAUAUAUUUGAGGCGGUCAAACUGAAUAAUCAUGAAGCAAGAAGAAAUAAUUGUGUACCGGGAAAUGGAAAGCAAAGACCAAACUUGUAUAGAUGUCGCGAUGAGCGACGACAGUGAGAUCGGCGCGGCGCCGACGGACGCGGCGCUGGGCGCGCUGCUCGAGGACGGCGACGCCGAGGACGCGGACGCCGAGCAGCGCGUGCGGCGGCUCGGCGAGCGCGCCGCGCGGCUGGACGCGCUCAACGUGGGCGGCAUGCUGGCCGCCGCCACCGAGGGCGGCGCGGGCGAGCGGCUGGCGGCGCGGCUGGCGGCCGGGCUGGCGGCCGGCGCGGCGCUGGGCGGCCGCCACGCGCGCCUGGACGCGCUGGCGCAGGCGCGCGGCGCCGCCGCCGGCCCGGCGCGCUCGGCCGCCGCGCGCGCCGACGACGCCGCGCGCGCGCUGCUGGCCGAGCUGGCCGCCACGUUCGCCUGGCUCGAGCCGCCGGCGCUGCGCUCGCUCGAGCCGCCGUCCGACGCGGCGCUGGCCACGCCCGCGGGCCGCGAGCGCGCGCUGGCCACGGCUGAGGCGCUGCGAGCCACGCUGCGCGCCGAGCCCGACCAGCCGGCGGCGCGGCGCCGCCUCGGCGCCGUGCGCGAACGGCUGCGGCGGCUGGCGCGCGCCCGUGACCAGCUGGCGGCGGCGCUGGCGCGACACGUGAACAACAUGCUGAUCCACUUGGGCAACGAGGCGACGGCGGGCGGCGCGGCGCAGCGCCAUCACGCCGAGCUACUACCGUACGCGCCGUUCAUGCGCUGGCUCAAGGACAUGGACGAGAAAGCCUUCGACGCUCUCGAAAAAGUGCUGACCACCGUCGAGACCAUCUGCAACGCUGAGCAGGACUUCUGCGCGCAGUUCUUCCACCUGGACGUAGACGUGAAGGCCGACGGUAGCGACGGCGAGCGCAGCGAACGCAGCGACGGCGGCGAGCGGCGGCCCGGCGCCGACUCGCGCCGCCUGCUGGCCGAGCUGUUCCCCGCGCUCGAGCACGACCUGGUCGCGCUCGUCGGCCACGUCGAGCGCCACGACCCCUACGGGGCGAUGCGCGCACUGGCGUGCGUGGGGCGGCGCGUGCUGGGCGAGGCGGCCGCGGCUGGUGCUGGUGCUGGCGGUGCUGGUGCUGGUGCUGGCGCUGGUGCUGGUGGCGGCGGCGAGGCGCGGUGGGCCCGCGCGGCGCUGGCGGGCGCGGCGGUGGCGGCCAAGCGCGGCGCCGACCGCUGCGUGGCCGAGCGCCUCGCCGCGCUGCCCGACGCCGUCAAGCAGGCGGCGCGGCGGCCCAAGUGCGGGCUGUUCAGCUUCCUGCAGGAGUUCGAGCAGCUGAGCGGCGAGUGCGAGGCGAUCUUCGCGGCGGGCGGGCGGCGCGCCGACCUGGACCGCUGGUACGCGGCGCUGGGCGGCGGCAUGGCGCAGGCCAUCCAGCUGGCGUCGCACCCGCGCACGCCGCGCGCCGUGCUGCAGCUGGAGAACUUCCACCGGCUGCAGGCGCUGCUGGCGGCGCUGCGCGUGCCGGCGCUGGACGCGCUGCGCCGCGACUGCCGCGCGCGCUACGCCGACGCGCUGCGCGCCUACGUCACGCAGUACUUCGGCCGCCCGCUCGAGAAGCUCACGCAGUUCUUCGAGGGCGUGUCGGAGGCGGUGGCGGCGGGCGUACGCGAGGACGAGGUGUGCUACCGCGCCGCCUUCAGCAAGCACGAGCUGCGCCGCUUGCUGGCCAUGUACCCCGAGCACGAGGUGCGCAAGUCGCUGCACCGGCUGUACCGCACGGUGGAGAAGCACCUGAGCGAGGAGGGCGGGCUGCUGCAGGUCGUGUGGCGCGCCAUGCAGGAGGAGUUCCUCGCGCAGCACCUCGCGCUGCAGGCGCGAAUCGCGGCGUGCUACCCGGGCGCGGGGCUGGCGCUGCCGCUGUCCACGCAGGACAUCCUCGACGCCUUCUCCGACAUCGCGCGCGAGCACUAGAGGCCCCGCGCCGCCACACGAUGCGCCCUCUACCGGUUCACAACGCAUCUUCAACCAAUUUCAUCGGUAAUUUACGUACCCAAUAAUGUAAAAGACCGCAGUACAACUGAGUGUUUCUCGGUUACUAUCGUUACUACCUAUUACGGACUAUUAAGAUUGUUUACAGUUAAAAGUAUUGUUGCCCUGUUUAAUGUAUAAUAACUAUUAUUUAUGUUAUAAGUUAUAUUUUUAUAUCGUCUUUAUGUAAAUUUUGUAAUAUAGAACAAUAUGAACA